GAAUCAUGGUGGUCAGGCAUCCUGUACAAGUGUAAAUUACUUUAAUUGCUACGAGUUAAUACACUUAAACAAAGCGGAAUUAUAUAUGGUUUGUUGAUGCAAAGCAAACGGAUAAAAAAAAGCAAAACUAUUACAUUAAUACACGAGUCAUGUUCUGAUGAGUACUGUCUAAGUCUGCCGACUAACAUGAUUAUGAUUUCAGUGUUUUUUUCCAUUGUUUUACGUCUUCAAUGGCCUCUGUCGUUCCCACCAAAAAUCGCUACUAAAUCGAGUAGUCAGUCCAUCGUAAAAAAAAAAUUAAAAAAUCGACUUAUAACACAAGUUCGUCAACAGGUGGCGACACUAACAUUUAUCUUCGCACUCGGCGUUGGAAGCAAUUUAAUCUAGCUUUACGUAUUUUCAUGAAUUACGACUGAGAUGUUGCCACAGAAAUGUUAAACGUAAAUUCCCUCUGAUCGGUAGGUAAGUGAACAGAGCGAUAGGUGGGCGUCGGGGAGGGGGGAUGAGGCAGAGAUGUUAAGCUGAAAGGAGAUUAGAGGGAGUCGGAGUUGCACGUCCGGCUGCACCCUCCACACUCAUCAUUUCGGACCGGCGCUUCACACGCAUCCACCCAUCAUCUUUCCGGCCUCACAACCUCCAUCUGGGACUUUCGGGGUAAGAGGCUGUUGUGAUUGGUUGAGAAUGAAGACCUGACAUCUUUAUUCGCCAUGUCAUCGCCGAGUGGUUUGGGCAUCCUGAACCAGAAGCCUGCAUUGAGCUAGAUGGACCCGGCGGAGAGAAGCAGAUCUCCAUCUCGCAGGACCAGCCGCGUGGAGCAGGUGGUUGGCCGAUGGCUCCGGCGUAGCCGGGAGUCCGGCAGCAGGGAGCGGAUUCUGGGCGAUGGCGCGUCUGGGGAUCCCGCCGGCGCUGACCCGAGGAGCCGCCCCAUCCGCGUGAUGCUGCAGGUCGCACGAGACCCUGUGCUGGGCUCCCACGGGUUCAGCCUGUCCACCCAGAUGCCACUGCUGGUGCAGGAGGUGACGGCAGGGGGACCGGCUGAGGGGAGGCUUGUUCCUGGUGACCAGGUGCUGCGGAUCAACAACGUCUCCACGGAGGACCUGUCUGCAGUGCAGGCGGCUGACAUCCUUAGGGAGUCACGUGCGGCAGUGACUGUGACCAUCCUCCGCCACACCCUGGGACCGAAGUCAUCCUUCAUCACGGAGGAGAAGAGGGCGCGUCUGAAGACCAACCCGGUGAAGGUGCACUUCGCGGAGGAAGUGGUGGUCAACGGACACUGUCAGGGAAACUCGCUGCUCUUCCUGCCAAACGUGCUGAAGGUCUACCUGGAGAAUGGCCAGACCAAGGCCUUCAAGUUUGACAGUAAAACCACUGUGAAGGACAUUGUGCUGACCCUGAAGGAGAAGCUGUCCAUUCUCUGCAUUGAGUACUUCACCCUGGUGCUGGAGCAGCAGUACAGCGUCACCAAGCUGCUCCUGCUGCACGACGAUGAGCUUGUCGAGCAGGUGGUGCAGAAGAGGGAGGCCCAUGACUACCGCUGCCUGUUCCGGGUCUGCUUCACGCCCAGGGACCCCCUGGAUAUGCUGCAGGAGGACCCGGUGGCCUUCGAGUACCUCUACCUGCAGAGCGUCGCUGACGUGCUGCAGGAGCGCUUUGCCGUGGAGAUGAAAUGCAGCAUGGCCCUGCGGCUGGCUGCGCUGCACGUGCGGGAGAGGCUGCUCAGCUGCGGGCAGACGCCGAAGGCAUCGCUCAAGAGUGUCACGAAGAGCUGGGGCAUCGAGAACCUCGUCUCUCCGACUCUGCUGAAGAACAUGAAGGAGAAGGACCUACUGAAGGCCUUGAGCUACAACCUGAAGAAGAGCCAGACCCAGGAACCCAGGCAUAAGGUUUCGUUGGUGACUGAGGCGCGGUUGAGCUACCUGAGGGAGCUGGCGGAGCUGAAGUGCUUCGGGGCGAAAUCCUUCACAGCCACCAUGAUGCUCCAGGACAGGGACUCCACGGUGACCCUGCUGGUGGGGGCUAAGUAUGGAAUUAGCCAGGUGAUCAACCACAAGCACAGCAUCAUGACCAGGCUGAGUGAGUUCGGCAGCAUCAGCCGCCUGGAGCUGCUGCCCGAGUCCGACAAGGUCAGCCUGAUAAAGAUCUACCUGCAGGAGAUCAAGCCCAUUACCCUCAUGCUGGAGUGCCAGGCUGCCAAAGACCUGUCCUGCCUGGUAGCGGGGUACUGCAAGCUGCUCGUGGACCCAACGCUGACUGUGUUCCCCUGGACGGAGCAGGUGAAGGAGCAUCGCAUUUCGGCUGAGGAAGGGUACGUGUCACGGGGCUGCAGUGACUCGGAGGAGUCUUCUGAGCUGGACACCUUCAUCUCUCUGGUCAGCCCCCACCUCUCCACUGGGUUGGCUGCCACAUGCUUACCGGCGGGGGAGAAGCAGAGGAAGAGGAAGAUGGGAAGGGGAGGAGGAGAGGAGGUGGGGGCAGGAGAGGAAGGCGAGAGGGGGGUAGCUGAGGAGCAGAAGGGUGAUGGAGACACUGGUGAGGAGGGGGCAUCCGAGGUCGGCGACUCCUGCUGCUCCGAUUCGCGGUUCGUCAGCAGCUGCUCUAGCGACUCCAUGGAUGCCCUAGAAGAAGACGACUUCGUCACCUGUUCCUCCAGCCACCCCACAGACCUGGAGGCUUCCUACCCGUACUCGUCAAGCCCACCUGCACAACACGAUCCAGGCGGGGGUCAGGAAGCUGCUGGCUGCGCCACCGACUCGCACCUGGCUGACGGCUGUAACAUCGCCGACCCAACGUUGCGCUUUGCCGAGCUCUCCCGCAUGGCUCAAUGGCUCCCCAGCCCCCCGGAAGCGAGUGAGGAAGAGGAGUGCAUGUUCACCUUCGAGGAGAAAGACGCCCGGCCCUAUUAUAACAUCUGCUGCAACGUCACCCCCGACAGUGCCUGCAGCUUGCCCAAAUCGGUGCGUGAGCACCCCUUGGAGAGGGGACAGUACAUGCCUCUGAACCCGGAGCCCCUGCCCAUCUUUCACCCACCGCCCGGCUUUGAAGACAGCAGCUCGGAGGAAGAAUUUUUUGAUGCACGUGACAGAUUAAGUUCACCCGAGUUUACCUACGGCAGAGAGCUGACCACAGAUGGAAAAUCAAGGAUGUCAAGUCUGACUAACGUUGGCUUUGCUGUGCCAGAAUCGCUGAUGGAUAAGGAACAAGAGAUGGUCUCGAGGCCCGGGACAAAAUCCCGCAAGCGUCGCUCCUUCGUGGCUUCUGAGUAUACCUCCCAGGUGUCCUUCCCCAGUCAUGAUAGGGAAUCCAGAGAUGAGGACAUGGUUUGUUGUUUCCACACCAAACCGCCCGCCCAAAACUUUUGCCUCACCUUCUCCUCCUUGACCAGUGAGGAGGGGGAUUCUGCCCAGUUGGAGUCCAAACCCAUCCCUUCCUCUGCCUCCUGGGGCAGCUAUGGCCAAGAGAAAGUGACCAAGAACAAGCAACUGUCCUCAAGCCUAUUAGAGAUGGAGCCAGAUACCAUGGAGUUCAAGUCGGUGACGGAGCUAAUCACUGCAGCUUCCCCCGUCAUCCUGGCAGUGCGUUGCCGUCUCGGUCCGGAGGGCAAGGAGAGUUGCAAACAGCCUGAGAUUGGGGACUGUGCCACGAGCCAUGAUGAUGCACCAUUCCCACAUCACAUGUUCCUCUUGGAGAAAGAUGGGGAAGCCAACUGCUGUAAGGACUCAUCUAGCAUCUCUACAACAGUCAAAGGCAGGAUAGAAGAAAAUGGCAUCACCACCGUCACCGGAGAAGCACAGGUGCAAAAAACAGAUGGACUUUCUCACUUGAGCAGAGGAGGAGAUAUCCUGCAGCUAAGUCCGGUAUCUGAGGUUCCUCUGGUCCAGCCACUGUGUCCUGUACCCUCACUAGACACAGAAACAUCUACGUUUCACAUGCCUAUAGUUGAAGAGGGGGAGGAGUCAAGUAAUGAUGACCUUGAUACAGACGUUCACUUCACCGCACAGGAUCGCAGUGGAAGCCUGGCCCUAGCCAUUCAAACAAGUUUCUCUCAUAGCUUUGAGAGUCUUCUGGAUAUAACGACUGAGGAGGCUGUUGGUCCCACUUCCAUUGCUCUCAAGGAGACUGGAGUCAUUCCCCUGGAGCCUUUCAAUCUUCAUGGCUGCACCACAGGGUUAGUCAGCCGUUUGUCCACUACUACUCUGCGGGGUAAGAUCCAGAUGCUGCCAUGGCUCCUGUCCAGGUCCCAAGAGGCUCCUGGCCACAACGCCGCAGAGGUAGAGGCCAUUGGGCUGGAGGGAGUUACAGGCUUGGAAUACACAGAUGGAGAUGCAGAUAACACCAUAGUUACAGAGCUGGUGAACUGUAUCAAUGCAGAUCAUUUGGAUGACUGGAAUUCGGACUUGUGUUUUUCAAACAGAGCUUUUCUUGAAACAGAAGCUCCACUCACUGUCUUUCACUGUACAGAACCUACAGUGCCGUCAGGAGAUGGGUCACCUGGGAAAGUACUAGCUCAGGACACUGACCCAACCCCUGAGGUUACUGAGCUAUGUGACUCCAUGGGGCCCGAGUCAUAUGUCCAUUCCUGCCCCCAGGAGAAGGAUGCCUUGGAUUGCAGUCCAGCAUCUGUGUUGGGGUGUCCCUCCAUGGUGGAGGAGCACCAGGCGCAAGUGUCUUGUGGCUGCCAAGCCAUUUACACCAAUUGCUUCAACAGUGUGCUGGACAAGAACAAAUUUGAUGGGGACUUGACGGUUUACGAAUUCUCUUGUCGAACACAAGGAAUGGAAGGGGCGCCCCUAAUAGACACCCCACCGUUCUCGUGGUCAGCUCCUCCACCUUCCACGGAUCUGAAUCCCUUGACGGCUCCACUGGAGGACAUCCUUAACCAGUUGCGAAACCGCCGUUACCGGACCCCUGAUGGGUUCCUCUCAUUGCAGCAGGACUUGGUGGUGCUAUUGACCCUACUGAAGGAGGCACAACUAGAUCGAGGUUACCAUCACCAGGAGACGUGUGCGUUGCACUUUUCCGAGGACAAACGGCUGCUCCGUGCCGAGGCGCGCAAGCUGAUGUCACUGUGCCAGCGGGUCAUCCGGGUGGGCCAGACCCCCGAGGAGAUGCUGCUGGCCUUGGCCGAGAGCUUCCGUACCCUCGUGCAGCUGGCCAGCGUCUGCCUCUGGUUCUCCAGCUGCAGCUUUUGCCAGAGGCGCCACGCCGAGGUCCUGCGCAGCCUGACGGACAUCACCAGGACUUACGAGGAGUUCGCCCAGCUAGCGGAGCGGGCCAGCGGCCGGAAGAGCUGCCACGACAUCGUCAUCAAGCUUUUAGCUCGGCAGUGCACCACGCUCACCGCCUCCAUCUUCUGCCUCACCCAGCUCUUCCGCACCCUCGCAGACCUUUGACCUGUCCUCCAUCUGAACUCGGAUGUUCACCUGUGACAUCCAGAGGUGCCUGGCACAGCGAGGCUGGCCCGGGGAUUUGCGUUUGAUGGUGUUUGUGAGCAGUGCCCGCAAUAGCUAUACAUAUGCUACCACAUCCACUCAGGACAUGUGACUGAUUCCAGGGGCCACACCUGACUGGUCUGAGUGUACUGUUGCUAGAUUUAAAGCGGGUAUGCUUGAGCUUUCUAUGUAUAUAUGUCUGUGCGUACCAUAUUGCUCCUGUCUUUAUAUAAUUUAUUCAGUACGUUAUUUGCUUGUUUUCUUAAGUCAAAGCCUCAAUAGUUUCUAAAACCUAGGAAUUGUGGUAUAGUGUGGCUUUCAACCUGCCGCAUACCUCCUGACCAAGCCGUCCAUGUGUGAGGAAUCCGAUCCCUGGAAUGGGAAUGCAGAUAAAGAAUAGUACCAUUAUCCUAAGCCUAUUUAUUGGAAGAAAAGAAAUUUCAUUGUUAUGGCCCAAAGCUGUAUGUAAUGGUACAUUCUGUGCAAGACGGUCACUUAUUGUGGUUGGUAAAUUGACCGAGUCAGACAGCAGUUCUUCAGUCAUCGAUCAGGGGAGUUACAAGCACAAUGUGGAUUUAUUCCUCUUUGAAAUGAGUGACUGACACCACAUAGUUGCAGAUUUGUGCUGGUUUACAGGUCCGCCAGUGCGAGUCACCAUUUUGAUGGAUCUGUGUUGAAAUUAGUUUCAGGUACUGUAGCUGUGCGUCUCAUCGUCAGAAGGAUUUUUUUUUUGUCAUUAACCCAACUUUGCAAACUGGAAAAAAAUCACAAGAAACUGAUGCACAGUAUCGUAAGCUUUUGCAUUAUUUGCAUUGCCUUAACCUGUUUAAUUCUUACUUGAAUGCAUAAUUAAAUGCAUACUAUAAAAUCUGCAAAAAAUGGCAGAAUGGGACACAAAGCUGACCUCAUGAACUGCAGAGGAAAACUGUCACUUUGACAGAGAUGUAAACCAAAUGGGGUGUGUGUGAGGGCAACGACAGGGGUACGAGUCUCAGCUGUGGUUAGGAAGUACGGAAUGUACCAGGAUGAGGGGGUGCUGGAGCGGAUUCCUCCUGUGGCACUACAAUGGUACCUUCCAAAACAAAACCCUGCCUUUUACUCCCCUGCUAAGUUGAGUGGUAGAGUCUGUCCAGGCCUCGUUAAUCCAACCUGAAUUUGUGAAAGCACAGCACGGCCGAUUUUGAGUCCUGUAGGGUGCUACACACGAUGAUGGGAUGCAUGAUGAACUUGCACUAGAGAGUUAUACCUCGAGCAUUUGUUUUCACAAUAUAAAAGCACAAGAUGUUGCCACCCUGUUGAUCCGAUGGUGCUUGUGUUAGUUCGGGUGCACAGAUCUGCCUCAAGCUGCCAGCUGAAUUCCCUGCAUGUACGAUUCCACAUUAAGGUGUUCAACCUCGAAGCUGCGUCUGUCCCACUCAGAACCCCACCUGGGCUAAAAUGAGCCAAUGGAAUCCUACUACUUAGCCAACCCUUGGGCUUGUUUUAUAAAGCAUUUUUAUUCAGUGUGGGCUAACUGAAAUUGUUGAGUGUAACCUGAGAAAUGAAAGGCUGUUUGUUUUGGCUGAACACACAACGUCAACAAAAAGAGGAAUGGAGACCUCAUGUUCUGUCACCCAUUUGCGAAAAAAUUGGUGAAACGCUCAAGCUAAACAAGAGUGUGGUUAUAUGUGGGAUGUCGGUGGGGAUCUCCCGUGACUCUCGUCAAACUCCUGCUCGGUACUGUAAAUUAACACUGCAUUGUGAAAUUACUUUACAAAUAAAUUAAAAUUUCUAAUACGAACAAUGUAA